GGAGCAACUUCAAGCAGCAAAACUGACUUAAGUGCGCGUGUACGGGAUAAGCGCGGCCACUUUCACGUUAUUUUUUGUUCGAUCGUAUAGUCGCCGCUCCUAUUAGGCCACGUCAAAAUUAACUUGGUCGUUAACUGGAACAACGUAUUCUUUUCGAAUGAUCAGAUCCGCCGCAGUGAAAAAUGUGAAGAAUACAUAGAGGCUGUCUACGUCGGUACAUCGAGGCCGUCUGACAAGGUAGAUAGCACUCAGCUCGAGUACUAUUUUUGUUCCAGUUGUUAACCUCAGCCGACACACUUGCAGAAAUGUCAUUCGAAGGGAAAUACAACGCGAAAAGUCCCGCUGUGAAGAGAUUAAUGAGAGAAGCACAAGAGCUUCAUGAGGCUACAGAGGAAUAUUGUGCAUCACCCUUAGAAGACAAUCUUUUUGAAUGGCAUUUUACUGUUCAAGGACCGCCAUCUACUGAUUUUGAAGGCGGUGUAUAUCAUGGUAGAAUUUUACUGCCACCAGAAUAUCCUAUGAAACCUCCAAAUAUUAUACUGUUAACACCAAACGGUCGGUUUGAAAUCAAUAAAAAGAUUUGCUUAAGUAUAUCUGGUCAUCAUCCAGAAACAUGGCGACCUUCUUGGAGCAUUAGAACAGCUUUGUUGGCUUUGAUUGCUUUUAUGCCAACACCAGGAAAUGGGACAAUUGGUUCUUUAGAGAUAAGUAAAGAAAAAAGACAGAAACUUGCUAAAAAAUCUCUAAGUUGGCAAUGCGAUACUUGUGGAAAAAUUGUUGAUUUAUUGUCGAAAAAUACAGUUAAAAAGCCCAUCACAGAGGAAGAACAAACAAUGUUGAACACAAUUGCUUUAAAGGCUGAUGAUUCACCAACAUCUGACACAGCUGUGAAUGCAGAAAGCAAUGCAGAAAAUGAACUGAGGCAACGUAAUGUUGAUUCAACUCCUACCGAAAAUCAAGAUCGACAACAAUCAGAUGUUAUAAUAAACCAACAAGUAGAAACGAUGUCAUCUUCAAACGAUUUAUUUUGGAGCAUUCUUAUCGCUUCCCUAGUAUCAGCGAUAAUUCUACUCGUUUUGCGACGGCUAUUUCUUGUUUAA